AUGCCUGGCCUUCCUCCUUCGGUCGACCUCGACGAGUGCAUCUCGCGCCUCAAAAACAAGGAACUACUCGCAGAAUCGGUUAUCGAAGCGAUAUGCGCCAAAACAAAAGAGCUGCUGAUGCGUGAGAGUAAUGUUGUGCAUGUCAAGGCCCCCGUUACCGUUGUUGGCGACAUCCACGGCCAGUUCUACGAUCUUAUAGAGAUAUUCAAAAUCGGCGGUUAUCCUCCAGACACAAAUUAUCUGUUUCUAGGCGACUAUGUUGACCGAGGCAUGUUCAGCGUUGAAACGAUUUCGCUUCUUGUCUGUUUGAAACUACGGUACCCCAACCGCAUCCAUUUGAUUCGAGGGAACCACGAGUCCCGCGGCGUAACGCAGUCUUACGGCUUCUAUACCGAAUGUUCGCGCAAGUACGGCAAUGCCAAUGUCUGGCACUACUUUACCGACAUGUUCGACUUUCUCACAUUAAGUGUCGUCAUCAACGACCAAAUAUUCUGUGUACACGGAGGUCUCUCCCCCUCCAUCCACUCCAUCGACCAAAUCAAAGUAAUCGACCGCUUCCGCGAGAUCCCCCACGAAGGCCCCAUGGCCGACCUAGUAUGGUCCGAUCCCGAUCCCGACCGCGACGAGUUCAGUUUAUCACCUCGCGGCGCCGGCUACACCUUCGGCGCGCAGGUGGUCAAGAAGUUCCUGGCGGUGAACAACAUGAACCACAUCCUGCGCGCCCACCAGCUCUGCCAGGAAGGGUAUCAGGUGCUGUUCGACGACCGUCUGAGCACGGUAUGGAGUGCGCCCAACUACUGCUACCGGUGCGGAAACAUGGCUAGCGUGCUGGAGGUCAGCGAUACCGGAGAGCGCUACUUCAACGUGUUUGCGGCUGCCCCUGAGAACGACGCCGUUAAGGACCAGCAGAUGAAUCAGGACAAGUCGGCGGAGGGAGGGGCUUUGCCUGAUUACUUUUUGUAG